UCGUCGAGGAAGGAGGGCGGACUGCGGGAAGGGGGUGACAGAGGAGCGCCACGAGGGCUCGCGAGGAGACUGAAGAAGAGGGAUUUCCCGCGGGACUGCCGGGGGUUGUUACCCAGCCCCGAAGUAGCGAACAUCGGGCCCGGAUGUUCGCGAGAACGAGACGCCGGAAACGCUGCCACGUUGGAAGGGAAAAUAUUGACGGUCGUCAACAAGUUCCUUACGACAUCCCCUUUGGUUAACAAAGUCAAGCUGCUGAUGACGAGGCAGAGCAGCGGGGCAGCAGCGGGGAACGCCGAGGAGCAAGAAGGGACGAGCGGCGGUUCACCGAGGACGUCAACGGGGACGAUAACGAUGACGAUGACGACAGCCUCGACAACGUCGACGUCGACGAUGACAGUCGCGUCGGCCCCGCUGCCAUUCCUGCACGCGGAGUUCCAGCCGUCGAUAUCGCCCGCCGCCGCCGUCGACGACGGCGACCACUCGCAGCAAUUAGGCGAAUGGCGAUCGCGAAGCGCUCAGUGCCGAGGCGCGACCGCCGCGACCGCCAUGUUUUCGCCGGCGUCCUCGUCCGCGACCACCAGCAACACGGCGACCAGCAACCUCUAUUCUCUGCCCGUGUCGCCGAAAAGACCUGCGCCUGUCUCGUCCAGUAAAUCGCCAAACAUAACGAAGUCUCAGAUGAAAGAAUUCAGAGAGGCUUUCAACUUAUUCGACAAAGAUGGCGACGGGAGCAUCACGAAGGAGGAGCUGGGCAGGGUGAUGCGUUCCCUUGGGCAGUUCGCAAGAGCCGAGGAGCUUCACACCAUGAUGCAAGACAUCGAUAUCGACGGAGAUGGGAACGUCAGCUUCGAGGAGUUUGUCGGGAUCGUGAGCAACAUCAGCGCGAACGAGACCACUUCCCCGGAUCAGAAUCAGGAGGAGAAGGAGCUGAGAGACGCGUUUCGGGUGUUCGACAAGCAUAAUCGCGGAUACAUUACCGCGUCCGAUCUGCGAGCUGUCCUGCAAUGCCUCGGGGAGGACCUGUCCGAGGAGGAAAUCGAGGAUAUGAUCAAGGAAGUGGACGUGGACGGGGACGGACGAAUCGAUUUCUACGAAUUCGCGCACGCGCUCGGCGAGCCAGGGAUCGACGACGACGAGGACGACGAGGACGAGGAGCUGCAGUCCCCGGGUUACUAGAAUUUUACCUAUUCUCGUCUCUGUGUUAGAUAGAACGAAUUAAAGACGAGCCAACGGCGACGUACGAUCGCGUUCA